AUGGCCAACAACCUACCCCAGCAGCCCUCGUGCCUCGCCAUGGCCCACGACACCACAGCACGCCCCUCGCCGCCAACCAUCGAGGCUCCCCCGCACCGCAGGACCCUCCCAAACUACCUCAUCGACGACUACGAGCUCCUCCACGCCCGCACAGCCUCAAACAGCCUCGACGGCGACACGUACGACAACAAACCACCUGGUGUUAGCGGCGCUCCAUCUCUCGCGCACGACUCUGCCGUCCUGGCACCGGCGGCAGGACACCUCGACGGGCGAAACCCAGAGGCGACCAGCGCCACAGCCCAAGGCGCAGGAAUCAAGCGAAAGAGGAAGCUCAGGCAGGCCUGCGUCUACUGCCGCCGCAGCCACCUCGUCUGCGAAGAGGCCAGGCCUUGCUCGAGGUGCGUCAAGAGGGGAAUCGCAGAUCGAUGCACCGAAUCCUCCGCCAACGAGGCCGCCUGGACCCGUGGCCCGCCCAUAGAGGCCAGCUUCCAUCCCGCCCAAGAGGUCACCCAGCAGCAGCAGCCACAGCAUCAGCGCCAGGAGCAGCAACGGUACAAGCGACCACGGCAACAACAGCAAACCCAGCAGCACCAGCUCCAACAGCAGCAUCGGCAGUGGCGUCUCUCACCCCACCACCCCGGCGGCGCCGCCUCUACCUCGGCGGCGCCCUCGGCCAGCUACAGCGAGACCUCGUCCGACCUAUAUCCGUCUGGCAACUCGACGCCUUUGCUCGAUGACCAGCAGCGCGGCUUUGCCGUGCCUUCCCAUCCGCAGCCGCAGCCGCAGCCACAGAUGCAGCACCCGCAACCGCAUCCCCCAUCGCAUCCGCACCAGUCGAUGCCUCCCGGCUCGACCGCAGCGACAGAAACGGCGCCGCACCCCGAACCGACCUCGCGCGAGGUGGCUUCGGCGGUACUGAGCGAGCAGCCCAUCUUCCAGCCCCCUAGCUCCGCCGAGCUCGACUCGCUCUUCUCGUCGUACUUUUUCGACCUAACGCAACCCUACGCCUCGGGCUCGUCGAUGGCUGCCGCUUCCUCGGGCGCGCCGCAGCCGCCGCCGCUGCCGCCAUCGACAUCGCUUGCGCCGGGCGCGCCGAUGCAUCAGCCACCUCUGAACGGGCAUGCCAUCCUCAACGAUGGGCCGCCAACGAGCGAAGAGGCAUGGCAGCACGCUCGGCUGGCCCCGGUCCACCAGCUGCAACCACCCGCUGCCGCUCCACUUACACUCGCCAAAGUCGCACCGGCAGCGCACGGCAGAGACAGGGACACGCAGGCUCCCGCGUCGUCGGCCUACACCCAGACAGCAGGGUUCGAUCCGACAUCCGAGCAGCGCUCCUCGGCGCGACGGAUGAGCAAGAGCGCUCCACCGUCGAGCGUCUACUCGCCCUACCCAUACCGCAAGGGGUACGCCUCGCUGAUGCGCUACAUGACCGAGCAGCGCUGGUCGGCCACGUCGAUCCGGUCAGUCGAAGCGGCGCUGUCCAAGGUGCGCAAGCUGUGGUUCGAGGUCGAGGACGCCAUCCAGCCGCCGACGCUCAUCCAGCUGCACGCCGAGUGGGCGGGCAACGUGCGCUACUAUACCGAGUCGGUGCUCCCCUUUUCGCCCGUCGCCAUGCUCGUGUGCCGCAAGGCGGGCGAGGUGUACGCGUCCAACCGCAUCGCCCAGAACCUCUUUGGGCGGGCCAAGGCCGACCUCGAGGAGGGCAGGGUGAGCUGCUACCAGCUCAUGACCGAGCACUCGGCGGCCGAGUUUUUCAGGCUGUACGAGGAGGCCGUCGAGAGUCACCAGGAGGUCGUCGGUCUCCAUCAACGUCAGGGUGGCCAAGGUCAGGGGGAGGCAGAGGAAGAGGGGCAGACUGAGGGCGUGUGCACGAGGAAGGCCAAGGACGAGGGCGUGGGCAAGGGCAAGGCCGAGGGGGAAGAGGACCCGCUCUACUGGGACGCCGAGAUCCUCGUACACAACCAGGACGGUAGCAAGGGGAUACGAAAGACGCGUGGCGUUUUCAAGAUGAAGAUUGCAGCGUGCGGUCUACCCUCUCUGCUCGUCGUUUGCUUUGUCCCCCUCUGA